AUAAAUCGUCAUUCAAACAGCAUCAGAACACGACUGUGAUUCCGGACGCGCCCAGAGGACGUCUCUGUUCAUUUUCUACAUUAUUAUUAAUAUUACAAAUUGUAGGGUUUAUACGUAUCGCGGUAGCUAUUUAUAUGCAUGCAUAAUUUACUUGAUCAAUCUUUAUUUGUUAUUUUUCACGGUACAGUUUUGAAGGAUAAAUCGGUUUAGUAAUUGAUCACUGGAACAUUCUUCACGGCUUGGAGGGUUUGGUCACAUUUUUUCCCAUUCAAACCGGAGCUGAAGAAACGGAUUCCUGUGUUUUAUUUAUUUUAUUUUUAUUCUUGAGAGUGAACAAAGCCCCUGAAAACACGAAGAUGAGUCAUUUUGACCGUGCUCCAGACAUGGACUGCAGUGGAUCCAACACCAACGAUUACACGAGUUAUCAGGACUGUCCCAACAAAGUGCCCCUCAAUGGAAUGCAGUAUACGACCGACAUGGAUGCAGAAAGCCAGAACUUCCUCACGGAUCAUCAACUGGGAAAGAAGAAAUUCGAAGCUGAAUAUAGCCCUGGUUCGGCGUCGUUCGGGAUGUCGGUGUUUAAUUUGGGCAAUGCCAUCAUGGGAAGUGGAAUCCUUGGUCUUGCCUAUGCCAUGGCAAACACCGGCAUCGCCAUGUUUGUGAUCCUGCUGGUGGCCGUGGCUAUUUUCUCCCUCUACUCUGUCCAUUUGCUGCUCAAAACGGCCAAUGAAGGAGGUUCGCUUGUCUACGAACAGCUGGGGUACAAAGCCUUCGGGAUCCCCGGAAAACUGGCGGCGUCCUGCUCUAUCACCAUGCAAAACUUUGGAGCUAUGGCAAGCUACCUCUACAUCGUGAAGUACGAGCUGCCCAUCGUCAUUAAGGCCUUCUUGGACUCUAACGACAACUCAUGGUACACUAACGGAGAUUAUCUGGUGCUGAUCGUCACUGUGGCCAUCAUACUGCCGCUCUCGCUGCUUAAAAACCUGGGUUAUCUGGGAUACACUAGCGGUUUCUCCUUGUUGUGCAUGGUGUUCUUCCUGAUUGUGGUGAUCUAUAAGAAGUUCCAGAUCCCCUGUCCGUUACCGGAGAACUUCAUUAACAUCACAGUGAACGUCUCUCAGCCGCAGGUCAACACUACUGAUGAAGAGUGCUGCAAACCCAAGUACUUCGUCUUCAACUCACAGACCGUGUACGCGGUUCCCAUCCUGACCUUUGCGUUUGUGUGCCACCCGGCGAUUCUGCCCAUGUACGAGGAGCUCAAAGAUCGUUCCAGAAGGAAGAUGCAGAGCGUUGCAAAUGUCUCGUUCCUGGGAAUGUUUGUCAUGUAUCUGUUGGCUGCUCUUUUUGGAUACCUGACCUUCAACGAGGCCGUUGAACCCGAGCUGCUGCACACUUACUCAAAGGUCUACAGCUUCGAUGUGGUUCUUCUGAUCGUGCGUUUGGCCGUCCUGAUCGCCGUGACACUGACGGUGCCCGUGGUUCUCUUCCCGAUCCGCACCUCAGUCAACCAUCUGCUCGGUGCUUCUAAAGACUUCAGCUGGCCGCGUCACAUCUGCAUCACCGUCGCUCUGCUCGUCUGCGUCAACAUCCUCGUCAUCUUCGUUCCCACCAUCAGAGACAUUUUCGGAUUCAUCGGUGCGUCUGCUGCUGCUAUGCUGAUCUUCAUCCUUCCCUCGGCUUUCUACAUCAAACUGGUGAAGAAGGAGUCCAUGAAGUCUAUGCAGAAGAUCGGGGCGACGUUGUUCCUCAUCAUGGGUUUCAUGGUGAUGACCGGCAGCAUGGCUUUGAUCAUCGCAGACUGGAUCCACAACGCAGGAUCUUCAGACGAGCACGCCGACGGCCACUAGUGGGCGUGUCCUAACCCUGAUUGACAGGCUGAUGGGCGGAGCCGAGCCGCUCACCCUGCAACUGAGAACUAGAAGAAGCUGCUCUAUUUUCAGCGCAGAGCAAAGACAAACAUCCCAUUCUGAGAGAAUGUCCUGAACUUUGUACAGUAUGCUGUUAGGCCACACAGAUGGUACUCGUAUUGUUGUGCUUCUUUUUUUUGUUGAUUUGAGUUUUUCAGUGGUACGCUGCACAACCAAAACUGAUUUCACGAUCAACACUGAGUCAAACGCGUGUAUGCGUGUUCAAUCCGUUUGUACCUUUGCCAAAAAUAUCGGUGUUUGUAUGUAGAAAAGCACUUACUCUUUUUCAGCAAAUGUUAAAGAACUGUAAUUUCGCACAUUUGGGCUGUGCUUUAAACGCAUUCGUUACAACGCAUUUAUACUGUACUACUUGAGUCAGCUUUACCUAUCGUGUAGAUCUACUAAUGAACAAAUAUUGAUUUGUAGUGGUUGAUUUCAGACGUGUGGAACGGCUGAAUGAAUUUACUGUAACUUAUUUAAACCCGGACGACAGUGAUGGGUGCUUUACAGUCAACAUGAGACGCAGCUUUUACAUGUUCAAAGAACCUUCCGGUAAUGCUAAUUAAAGAUGCUCUCAAAACAUUAGCAUAAAAAAAUCUUCAUAAAUGCCUUAGUCAGACAUUUAUCAAGCAUUUUUUUUAUGUUAAAAUGCAAGGUUCUUUCUAUGUUUUAAACAAACAUUCUUCUAGUAACGUUAACGGAAUGUUCGUUCAAAGUUGGACGUUACUGUAACAUUUUUUUUCAAAUGUUGCUACUUUUUUAGAACUUUCAGAGAGGCUCCAAAAGUAACAUUCUUUUUCCAUUAACAUUCACAUAACCAACAAAAACCUUUAUAAAACGUUCAGAAAUAGCAUUUUUAUAAUCAAAACCACUCUUUUUAUACCGAUCUUGGUCUAAUUAUGAGCAUUUGAUCACUGCAUGUUAUCUGAAAUGGCUGAUGUCACAUCAAAACGAUGUUUACCAAUAGUCAAAUAACUAGUUUUGCAUUGUUUUAGAUGAUUUUAGGUUACUCAGCCUUUCUAAAACAUUAAUACAAAUGCAAUAAUUGCGAAAAAUGAGUUCACUCUCAAAUUUCACAGUACAGAAAAAUACAAGUUGCUGGUUGUCGUUCCAUGUUGACUUUAAAGCUUGAAUGUAUGAUUGUCAUUAGUUUUGCUUUGUAAACCGCAGAAUCGAAUGGCUGAGAGGAAAAGAGACCAUUAGUGUUAAACUUGACUUACCAUUUCAGUGUUUGCCAUCGGCAGCUUGAAGUUACUCCGUGAUCGAGAGAUGAAAGACGAUUGACUGAUGAGGGAGUGUGUGUCGUCCACUAAUUAGCCGUUGUUAGUGUGGAGAAUGUCUCUCACACACACACACUUACACGCGCACGCACACACACCUUAAUGUGCUUCCAACAGCUAAACCUCAUGUGUCAUCCAACAUGUUACUCUCCAGCUGUUAUUUAUGGAAAAACAUCAGUGUAAUUUAAUCUAUUUUACUAUAUUUAUAUAUAUAUAUAUAUAUAUAUUGUAAAUAUUGUGUAUAUUCAGUACCGCAAAUGAAGUGUAUAUAUGCUGUCGUUUAUUCCCUGAAAUAUUGAAAUGUUAAACUGACUCUAGAUGUC